AUGCCUUUGUCGUUCGCCGAUCCAGAUCAAGCGGAAAUUAUGACUGAUGGCAUGUCGGCUUUGGUGAAAGCCGGACUAAUUCUGUCAAUAAAUCAAGGGCUAGACAAGGUUAAAAGCGGUGGGCAGGAAGAGUCGGGAAAGCCGUUGCGUGGACUGCGCAAACAUAGCUGUUCACGUAAUGUGGGGGUGAUGUUCCUCGCACGUAUAGCAGAGCGUGAAAUGGUGUGGAGUCAGUGUUUGGAGGGAAUAUUCAGGAUGGCCGGCUAG